AUGUUGGGAAAUUUGGUGGGUGAUCUGGGUGAGCUGAGUGACACACAGCUGUCGCAUUUGUUUCAAAGUUGUGAUGCAAAUGGCGAUGGCACCAUCUCCACCGAGGAGUUUCGAGGACUUGUCGGUAAGCUGGAUCGUAAUGGUGAUGGGAAGCUGUCCCUGGAGGAGUUAGAAUUGGACAAAGAUGGAUCUGGAAUGCUGACAAGUGUAGCUGCCUCCAGUGUGUUGGGUGCAUUGAAAUUGUUUGGGCCCAUGGCAGCGGAGUUGGCACCUGCAAACAUGAAAUUUGCAUGCCAGGCAGCCAUGGGUGUGGUCGCGUGCUGUGCCAAGGGAGACUCUCUUGUAUCUGCCGCCACAAAGGUGGCCACGGGUGCAGGGACGAAAGUUCUCAUUUCCAACUUAUGCAGGUAUCUCCAGGCGCCAGCGACGGCCCAGCGUACAAUGCCCCAAGCUGAAGGUGCUGCCGCAGCUGCAGCCACAGCAGGGGCCGCCCUGCCAGCCCAGGCACCUGAGCCUGAACCUGCUGAGCCUGAGCCUCCUCGCUUCUGCUUGAUUUGCAAGAGGGGGGACCGUGGCAUGCGUCCAUCGCGUUGCUGUGACAUGUUGAUGUGUGGCCACUGCAUCGGCAGGAUGAUCGCAUGCGACCUCUCGAUGUGCUCGCGCUGUGGGCAGCAGUGGCAGCUUUGAGGGAGGUAUGACGCAAAGAAACCUUGGCUGUUUGGCUGUUCAUAGCAUUUCAUAGCUGCCUAUACUAUUGCCUGUCAUAGCAGUGGCCCGUGUCCUGUACUGUACAAGUUGUACCAAGGGCAACGUUCCCAGGGCCAAACCACAGCUUGACAACCCUGACAACUUCUGUGCCAAAGUUCCAGGGAAAA